AAAAAAAAUUAGAGAACCAUAAAAGCAUCCAGAAAUAGAAACCAUGUCCUUCAAUUAAGCAAAUGUGUUUAUCUUUCUCUCUUUCCUCUUCGGUUCAGCUAUAUAAAUAAAUAGCUUCAACUUUUGUUAUUGUAUAUUGUUUCUGUUAUCUCUCUCUAUUAUAUCUGUAAAACUAUGGAAACCAUAAGUGGGUUGAUGGCAUUUGACAUGGGAGAGCUAAGAAACAACCUUCCCAACAAGAGAGGAUUGUCAAGGUACUACUCAGGGAAAGCAAGAUCAUUUGUUUGUAUCUUUGAUGUAAAAUGCCUUGAAGAUCUCAAGAAACCAACCCAACUUCUUGAUAUUGAUGAUGAUGAUGAUGCGUACACGAAGAGGAAGAAGAAGAAUAGGCAAUCAUCUUCAUCCUCAUUUUCUGCUGCUGUGAACAGCAAUGUUAACUAUCAAAACUAUCCUUGUCGUAGAGUUUCUAGUAGCACCCAUUGUUCCUCACCUUGUAUGCCCAAGCAAAAAGCUCAAAAGAAACAACUCAAAUCAUAUAAACUCAAACACAUCAACAGAACAAUUCAAGAGGGAGAUGCGGUGUUGAUGCGAUCUUCUGAGCCAGGGAAGCCGUCGUACGUGGCUCGCGUGGAGGCGAUUGAGACGACGGAUGCGGCGCGUGGAGCCAACGCGAGGGUUCGUGUGAGGUGGUAUUACCGUCCCGAGGAGUCUAUGGGAGGGAGGAGGCAGUUUCAUGGAGCUAAAGAGGUGUUCUUAUCGGAUCACUAUGAUUUGCAGAGCGCUGAUACGAUUGAAGGGAAGUGUAAGGUUCAUAGUUUUGGGAGCUAUACUAAACUCAGUUCUGUGGGAAACGACGAUUUCUUUUGUCGUUUUGAGUAUAAUUCUGCAACUGGGGGUUUUAAUCCCGACAGAGUCGCAGUAUUCUGUAAGUGUGAGAUGCCGUACAACCCUGAUGAUUUGAUGGUGCAAUGCGAGGAUUGUUCUGAGUGGUUUCAUCCUUCUUGUAUAGGGACAACAAUAGAGGCAGCUAAAAAGCUUGAUCACUUCUACUGUGAAGAGUGUUCCCCAGAAGAGCAGAGUUUGGACAACUCUAUUUCAACUUCCAAAAACACGGAUGCUAAGGUGAAUAGAAAGCGCAGCCUGGAGGUAAGCAAGACGAGGAACAAACACACAAAGCGAUCAGGUUAA